AUGGGUGAUAACUUUGACAGUCAGCCCUGCAUCAUGGUCAAGCCAGAGAGGCUGACCAAAGUCCUUGAUUUCAAAAUCCUGGCUCAAGUCAUGAUCUAUGAACCAAAGUUCAUCUAUCUACUAGCUGUACGAGUUAGUAUAUAUUUUUUCAUUGGUACAAUUGUACUUCUUACAUUAUUUGGAAAUCUUCUGGUGAUCAUAUCCAUAACGCAUUUCAAGCAGCUGCACACACCAACUAACUACCUCACUCUCUCUCUGGCUGUAGCUGACCUGCUUUUAGGAGUGGUUGUGAUGCCUGCUAGCAUGAUACGCUCUGUGGAGACGUGCUGGUAUUUUGGGAAUUUAUUCUGUAAAAUACACAACAGCUUUUCCAUAAUGCUGUGCACUGCAUCUAUUUUAAAUCUUGCAUUUAUCUCAGUUGAGCGAUAUUAUGCAGUCUGUCACCCCCUGCUGUACCACAGUAAAAUGACUCCCCUUACAACUCUGUUCAUGAUCACUGUUUGUUGGAGUGUUUCUGUUGCUGAGGGGAUUGUUCAUCCUGAGCUAAGUGGAGCCUGUGUGUUGUUUAUUGGACCCAUGAUAAAUUUUACAGUUUCUGUGAUUUGUUUUUACAUCCCUAUCAUUGUUAUGCUAAGCAUAUAUUUGAAAAUAUAUCUUGUUGCACGGAGGCAAUCACGAUUAGUCCACAAUACUCUCUCUCAAAUAAAUAAAUCCAGAGGGCAGCCUGCCAUUAGUAAAGCAGAGAGAAAAGCAACUAAAACAUUAGUCAUUAUCAUGGGAGUGUUUUUGUUAUUUUGGACACCUCUUUCUAUCUAUAAUCUAAUUGUGACAUUUUCUGGUUUUAGUGGUCCACCACACCUGUUGGAUGUGCUCUGUUGGAUUGCUUUUUCAAAUUCAGCUCUCAAUCCUAUUGUAUAUGCAUUCUUCUUCAAGUGGUUUAGAAAAGCUCUUAAAGUUAUUUUAUUAGGUCAAAUAUUUAGGAAAAACUCUUCCAGAAUACAGUUGUGUUCAGAGUAG